ACCCACAAACAGAGCAAAAGCUUGUUACCUUUUGGGCCAGCACCUCGGGUGGUUUUAAGAAAAUAAAGGGUCACACGCCCCAAAAUCGGAUCCGACCCACGUAUUCGCUUUAUCGAAUUGCUUGCGGAUUCAGUUUCCGCGUGGAUUCAAUUUCAACGGCAUUUGGCCCCAAAAGUAAAAAAAAAUAAAAAAUAAAAUCUGAAACGAUUGCUUCAUUGUUCGCACAGAAAAUUGAAAUCAAUUUCGGCGAAUAUUGUGACUUCUUCUUUCGAUCAGCCGUCACGGAUUUUCAUACAGGUGAUAUUUUACUAAAAUUGAGAAAAUGGGUAUUGAUAAUUUUUCCAUUAGAUAGGGUUUUUCCUUCUGGGCAGUCUAGAUUUGGAGUUUGGGUGAUGCAUGGAUAUGGGAUCAAAAGAUGUGCAUAGUAAAACAUGGAAAUGGGCACAGGGUUUGAUAUACAUAUUUGCUGUGGCAACAAUUUGGAUAGCUGCUAGCUUUGUAGUACAAUCUGUUGUAGAUGCUGGUGUGUCACCAUUCCUUGUUACCUACAUCUGCAAUUCAUUGUUUUUGGUGUUGAUUCCAAUUGUUGAAAUUGGGAGGUAUUUGGAGGAUUCUUAUGGGGGUUUAUGGUUUUGGAGGCGUGAGCAGUGUAGCCCACAUUUGGAGAGAAGGGUAGGGGAGUCAGAGCAGGCUAUCCUUCUCAACGAUAAUGAUGCAGGCAAUGAAACUCGUGAAUCCUCGGUUCUCGAAGAGGUUGGUGUCAGUCAACAAAGGAGCUAUGGUUCUGAGUUGCUGCCCGAAGACAGGGUGAUGAGGGUAUUGGGUGAUCAAAUUAAUGUGGUUGAAAAUGUUGAUAAUCAGUUGGAUGAGAAAGGGCGUUGGAGCCGGUGCAGAGUGGCCAAAGUUAGUCUAUUGAUAUGCCCAUUUUGGUUUUUAGCUCAACUCACUUUUAACCUAUCAUUGAAGUAUACUACAGUUACGUCAAAUACUAUCUUAAGCAGUGCAUCCAGUCUUUUUACCUUCUUGGUCUCUCUGGCAUUCUUGGGUGAGAGGUUCACUUGGUUAAAGCUCUUUAGUGUUUUUCUUUGCAUGGGAGGAACAAUAAUUGUAAGUCUUGGCGAUUCACAAUCUGGUUUAAGAACAGUUGCAUCAAAUCCUCUUCUUGGAGACUUUUUUGCACUUGUUUCAGCAGGAUUAUAUGCAGUUUAUAUAACUCUUAUUCGCAAGAAAUUGCCUGAUGAUGAUGGAAAGAGUGGUGAAGCCAGUACAGCUCAGUUCCUUGGAUUUCUUGGGCUUUUCAAUGUUUUGAUUUUUCUUCCAGUUGUUGUCAUGCUCAAUUUUACCAAGAUGGAACCUUUUAAUAUACUUACCUGGGAGCAAUUUGGUCUGAUAAUCGGUAAAGGAUUGCUGGAUAAUGUGCUGAGUGAUUACUUGUGGGCCAAGGCUGUUCUUCUUACAUCAACCACAGUAGCUACAGCUGGACUUUCAAUUCAGGUCCCAUUGGCUGCCAUUGUUGAUACCUUGACUGGAAAUGCUCCUCGCUUUAUGGAAUACCUUGGAGCAAUAGCUGUCAUGAUUGGCUUCACUGGAAUCAACAUUCCUUCCGAUACUUUUAGCAAAUUAGGAAAAACUACUGUGGAAUUGGAAAAUGAGAACUUGACUAUAAGAACUGAAGAGCUUACUUUGCAUAGCCAUAGAAGCCAAGAUUCACCCUCCACAUCAUAGCAUUGUACAUUGCAUUCAUUUCACGUGUUAGUUGAAGGAUGGUCUUGUGUAACCAUACCAAAAUUUUGAGGAAACAUUGAAGUUAGUCUUUGAAAUUGUAUGGAUUGAACAUUCUAGUCCUCAAUAUUUUAAAACUUCUUUAUUUGUCUGACUUUGUAAAAAAAUAUUUAUUAUAGUCCUUUUUUAAAAUAAUUUUCUUACUGUUGUUUUGCGCUAAAAAGGACUAAAGUAAAUGUUGUUUUACAAAGUUAAAUUUGUAAAAUUUUCAGAAACUAAAAUGUUCGAUAUAUACAAUCUUUGAAGACUAAUUAAAAGAUUAAGUUGGCAAUAACUGAAAUGUGCUGCUAUACCAGACAUUGAAAAUACAAGAACCAGGGAAGAUAGUUUACUAGAGGAACAAACGAGAUUGCUCCUGGAGAUAUGUAAACGGCCUUGUGGUUCAGCAUUUUGCUCCUUGGACGAGAUUUUCAUUCAUGAUUUUGGUGCCUUAUUAUAAUGUCUAAUAAUUUUGGGAUACUUUGUAAAUGUAAAAGGUUUCAAGUCAUAUUCGCUCGUUUAAUAAUAUUAUAUCAAAUGGCAUAUGAC